AUGCGGACAGGCAUGGGCGACUUCUUGACUCCGGUUUUCAUUUCCUGUCUCUUUUGGGCCGGAUCGUUCUCGAAAAUCAUCGUGUAUCAUGCCGUGCACCAAGGGCGAAGAUACGGGAACGCGUCACAGCAGUUCCAAGCGAAGAACCUCGAGGACUGCACCGUGAAGUGCGCGAGGACGAACCCGUCCGGGCCUUUCCUGGCUUUCAACUUCAGGGAACGGGAUGGGUUCUGUCAGCUGAUUCACAAUGAGAAGAGCGGUCUCGUUCCCUCGGAUGGCUACCAGGCAUACGUACAAUUUCUGUGCCUGACGGACUACCCGAGGAUCGAGCACGCGACGGAAUCCUUCGUGGGCUGGUCGGGUCAUCAUCCGGCCCCACCCAGUGGGGAGGUGAGCUUCGCUUGCAUUCAGCGGCGAGGGUUCGUGGAUGGCUGGAAGGAGCACCGUGCCUCCUGUUCCUCGACUGAAGCGGAUUCCUGGAGAGCGACGUUCACCGAAGGCGAAAGGAACCUCUGUCCUCGUGCAAAUGAACUGGAUUAUCCCGAAUGCCGACUGACGGAGAUGGGGAAAGAAUACAUCGGGACCGUGAGCGUGACGGAAAACGGAAAACCCUGCCUCAGAUGGGAUUCCCCGGAUGUGAAAUUGACAUUCCGCACAGCAGGGAAGGGAUUCUAUGAAAGCAUGUUCUUCGAAGAGCAUUUCCUCAACCAGGAUCCGUCCUCCCACGAGAAUUUCUGCCGGAACCCAUCGACGAACGAUAUGCCAUGGUGUUUCGUCGAUGAUGGCGGCUUGACGUGGGAGUAUUGCUGGAUUCCCUUUUGUGAUGAUCUAAGUGCACCUGAAUGCAAAAUGACUCAAAAGGGAGCAGAAUACUUGGGCACACAAAAUAAGGCCAUUUCUGGCUCUCCGUGUCUCGCGUGGCUUGGUGAGCAGGGUCUGAGUCCGGAAUUUAGGUUUGCGAUUAAGGGACAGGCAUUCCCCGAUUUCAUCACGGAUGAGCACAACUACUGCAGGAACCCGACCGGAAGGCCAGGCGGUCCUUGGUGCAAAGUUCCAGGCUCUGAGGAGAAUUGGGAGUAUUGCGAUGUGCGAUUCUGUGCCAUGGAAGAUGCCGAGAGGACAUGCGAGACGGAGGAUCGAUGCUCGUCGAAGCCCCUGGAAUGCCGAUUGACUGAGAUGGGGCUGGAGUAUGUGGGAUUCAAGAACGUUGAUGCGGACGGUCGGAAUUGUCAACCCUGGUUGGGUCGGGCGAACGACAAGCGAGUCUCAUUCAUGGACAUAAUGUUCAUCCCUGAUGAAGGCGUUGACAGUAGUCACAACUACUGUCGCAAUCCUGACGCUAACCUGUACGGCCUCUGGUGCUUCAUUGAAGAGGGAACUGGCGAAAGAUGGGGACAUUGCAUGGUCCCUUUCUGCUACCAAUUGUAUGAGCGCUUCGCCGUCGAAGGUAAACCGGCGGAAGGAUACCCAGAAUGCUUGCAGACCGCGAUGGGGAAGGAAUACAUAGGAACGACAAGGACAACAAAGACCGGAAAGCACUGUCUCCGAUGGGAUUCCCAGCCCUAUGGAAAACCUGAGGACUUCGUCACAAAUGCAACUUAUGAAGAUCACUUCCGAUUUGGCAAUCCCACGUUGCACCAGGAUUUCUGCAGAAACCCGACGUUCAGGCAGCAACCCUGGUGCUUCGUCGCAGAUCCAGACAUCGAAUGGGAAUUUUGCCAAAUUCCCUUUUGCCCCAACUACCCCAGUGAGCCCACUCCAAUCCACGAAGCCCUGUAG